CUCCACCCUCUUGCUCGAAAAAAAAAUAAUGUGAUCAACAUGCCAGGGGAGGCUCAUCCAAUGAAAAAGUGGGAGUGCUGGGCCCUGUGAGCCUAUUGGCUGCCAUGACACUAAGCAGACUGAGGGAAGAGUCUGCAGAUCAGGGAUUAGGGGCGGGUGGGUCUUUAUGCAUGCUGAAUUGUGUUGCCUCAGUGCAGGAGGCCUUGUUCUCGCUUUACACUGGAGGACCCAAACAGGCCGGCAGGGACUCCUGAUUUACCCGCUUGCUGACUUACCCUCAGAUGACAUAGGCCCGUCGACAUCUGUCCUUCCACAAUGGUUGUUCCUGAAUCCCAGGACAAAAUGUAUUACCCUCCUGACGACCUGCAGAGAGAUGCUCACGUACCUGAUUUUAAAUCCUAUUUAGAAAUGUACAGGAAGUCGUUGGAGAAUCCAGAAGCUUUCUGGAAGGAGAUUGCAGAUGAGUUCUUUUGGAAGAAGCCAGCAACAGGACCGAUGCUGCAGUACAACUUUGAUGUGACGAAGGGCAACAUAUACAUCAAGUGCAUGGAAGGGGCCAAAACCAACAUAUGCUAUAAUGUCUUGGACAGGCAUGUCAAGGAGGGGAACCUCGGUGAAAAGGUUGCCUAUUACUGGGAGGGAAACUCACCCGACCAUCACAUGACCAUCACCUACGGCCAACUGCUGGACCAAGUCUGCCGCUGUGCUAACGUUCUCAAGCAAAUGGGGGUGAAAAAGGGAGACAGGGUGUCUAUCUACCUGCCCAUGAUCCCAGAGCUGGUCCACACAAUGCUGGCCUGUGCCAGAAUAGGAGCAGUUCACUCCAUCGUGACAGAGCCGGACGGGCUCAGCCAACGCGGCGGGUCCAGAGUCCUCGGUGACCAGAUUCAUAACCCUGAAACCUUACGCUCCGUGAACUACGAGGCUUGGCUGGAGAAGGGGAGUCCUGCAGGGAAGGCAGAAAAUGGCAGUCAUUUUGCAGGUUUCUCCUCUGAGUCUCUGUGUGAGAGGAUUGUUGAUGCCCAGAGCAGCGUUCUGGUGACUGCAGAUGGUGUUUACAGAGGAGAGAAGCUGAUCAACCUGAAGCAGAUUUCAGACGAGGCUUUGGAGAAGUGCAGGGAAAAAGCAUCUUCCAUAGUCACCAAAUGCCUGGUUGUCAGGCACCAUGCACUGAGGACAAAAACCGGGACCUCCCACAACAAACUGCAGACCCCCUGGGACGCAGAGCGGGACGUGUGGUGGGACGAGGCCAUGAGGGACUCUCCUGAAGACUGUGAGCCCGAGUGGCUGGAGGCCGAGGACCCGUCCUUCAUCCUCUACACCAGCGGCUCCACGGGAAAACCCAAAGUAGGACACAGGCCUCCCGAGGAGGCCCUGAGACCAAACCUUGGGCACGAAUCCUGUGUGGUUUUUCUAGAGGGUCUUUCUCUUGUUUGUGAUCUUGUGUAUGGCUCUCCUCAGGGGGUCGUGCACACGGUCGCCGGCUAUCUGCUCUACACGUCGCUGACCUUCAGGUGCGUCUUCGACCAUCACCACGACGACGUCUACUGGUGCACGGCGGACAUCGGCUGGAUCACCGGCCACUCCUACAUCACCUACGGCCCGCUGGCAAACGGCGCCACCAGCGUCCUCGUGAGUCCCGGUGGAGGCGCUGAGGCUUCUCCAGCAGGAGAGGACAACUUCACCCUGUUCAUUUUGUGUUUCGAAGGCAUCCCCGUCCACCCUCAUGUCGGCAGGUUCUGGGAGAUCAUUGAGAAGUACAAAGUAACCAAGUUCUACACGGCCCCCACAGCCAUCCGCCUGCUGAUGAAGUACGGGCAGGAGCCGCUCCAGAAGUAUGACCUCUCCAGCCUGAAGAUCCUGGGCACCGUGGGAGAGCCCAUCAACCCCGAGGCGUGGCAGUGGUACCACGAGGUGGUCGGCCAGGGCAGGUGUCCUGUGGUGGACACGUUCUGGCAGACCGAGACGGGUGGCCAUGUGUUGACUCCUCUGCCUGCUGCCACACCGCUGAAACCAGGCUCUGCCACCUUCCCUUUCUUCGGGGUCGAGCCGACCAUCCUCAACGAGCACGGGGAGGAAGUGGAGGAUGAGGUGGAGGGUUAUCUGGUUUUCAAAAGGCCCUGGCCAGGAAUAAUGCGCACUGUGUUCAAAAACCACGAGCGCUUCGAGAACACCUACUUUAAGAAGUUCCCAGGCUUUUACGUGACCGGCGAUGGCUGCAAGCGGGAUAAAGACGGUUAUUUUUGGAUCACUGGGAGAAUAGAUGACAUGCUCAACGUGUCAGGCCACCUGAUGAGCACGGCGGAGGUGGAGGCGGCCCUGAUGCUCCACCCGGCUGUGUCGGAGGCAGCCGUGGUGAGUCGGCCUCACAAGGUGAAGGGAGAGUGUCUGUACUGCUUUGUCACUCUCAAAGACAGCAGGGAGUUCCACAACACGCUGGUGGAGGAGCUGAAGAGACUGGUGAGGGAGAGAAUCGGACCAAUCGCCACGCCGGACUUCAUUCAAAAUGCCCCCGCUCUGCCCAAGACCCGUUCAGGGAAGAUAAUGAGGCGGAUCCUCCGGCAGAUUGCCCGCAACGACAAGGACCUGGGGGACCUCUCCACCCUGGCCGACCCCAAGGUGGUGGAGGUGCUGUUCAGCCAGAGGAGCGAGGCUGCGGCCUAACAAACGCCCUCAGCUUUUUAUACCGUGACUAUGCAACGUUACUGAUGAAAACCCUCCCCCCCCGGACCUUUGGACUGAACGUUAGGGCCCCGGGCGGAGACAUUUAAGCAGUGGAAAUAACAUCCAAUGGUUAUUUUUUGUUGUUGUGCUUGGGCCAAAAUGCCAGGCCCUCGGGUCCGAGCUUUUACUGGAUGAAGAAGAGAUGCUUUCUGUCCGUUCGAAUGUUGGAAUUUAGAGGUCCGCUUUGCAAAGCCUGUUCCUGACUGGUGCCUGCUGUAUAUUUCGAUGCUGUGAGACAUUUCUAUGACCCGAGAAUAAAGCGUAGAAGCAGCCUCCCUCCUUUGUUCCGUUCGGUUUCCAAACAGAGCGGCUGAAU